AUGAAAAAAGAUCAACGUCGGUGGACAUGGGAAUCGCCCAAUGGCGCGAUUCGUGCGGAGAUCGACCACAUACUCACCAACCGGAGGUGGUGUCUACUUGACGUCUCAAUAGUACCAUCCUUUUGUAGUGGUUCUGAUCAUCGUCUCCUUCAUGCGAAAAUACGGCUUAGCCACACGAUGGAAAAGAACAUUUGCUAUCGGCAACGAAGAAGAAAAGAAGUCGUCUACGACGAUUGCGUACUCGAGGACUCCCUAUCCCAAGGUGACUGGCACAUCGAGGAGGACCCAAACGUGGACUACGAGAUGCUGCUCAGAGGAUUACGAGCCUGUGCUGAACGUGCCUCGAAGCCGCGCACGACAAACUUGGAUCGAAUUUCGAAGACCACCAAGGAAUUGUUAGGAAGAAGAAGGGCUUUGACGCUUGAUCCGAAUGCAUCGCACAUUGAGCGGUUAGUAGCAAACACUAGCUGCAGAAAAGCGUUGCAGGUGGAUCUUUUGAAGUACAGGCAGAAGAAGAUUCUAGAAGCAGCACAAAGAAGAACGAGUCUGAAGAAGUGCCGCAGGGAUCUCCGCGAAUAUAAUAUUCCGCUAGCAACCUUGCUGAGCGAAGACGGGACUCGCACGUCUUCUCGUCGUGAGAUGGAAAUCAUUACGGAGAGGUUCUACUCGAACCUUUUCCGUUCAUCAACUCCUGUGUCAAGCCCAAUCAUCCCCACUGGCGAAGCUCCACCACGGAUUCUCCCUUCGGAAGUACGAGUCGCUAUCAAGAGCAUGAAACCUGGCACAGCCCCCGGACCUGAUUUUAUAUCAGCAGACUUUCUUCGGGCUGGUGGCCAUCCGCUUCAUGUAAUCUUAACAGCGCACAUGACAUCCUAUCUUCAGAAAGAAAGGAUCCCAGACCAGUGGAAGACCUCGCGAACCGUUCUUAUCCAUAAGAAAGGUGACCGAGAGGACCUUCGGAACUACCGUCCGAUAUGCUUGCUGAGCGUGUUAUAG